CGGCUCCAUCGGCGGGUUUCUCCGAUUUGUGCCCAAGCUACGCCGUGAUAUGCUCUUUUCUAGAGCGUUAUGGAGCUUUGCUGGAUCUACCGGAGCUCACAUUUCUGCAGUUGGAGAGAUAUCUCCAAGACACAUCUUCAGGAAAUGCAACCAAUUACAGAGAUUGAUCAAGCGAGGAAGGGGAACCAUGUACCUUGCUUCAAUCAAGUAUGCUUCAGUCAGCCCCAAGGCUGAAGCGGGAUACCAAUCCAGCUAUGGCGUCCUUGUCAGGGUUCUCACACUGGGCAGACGAGUCCUGAGAUGGACAGCCCGCACAGCUUCACCACAUACCACGAUGGAACAUGGGUGACUUCAUUGAAGAGGAGACCCAGGAGCCUGUCCACAUAGCCUGUAAUGUUUUUGAAAAGAGAAAUGUUUGUUAAAUGGGUAGUAUAUUUAAUUUCCUUUCAUUUAAUGUUCUGAGUUACUGUUGUAGUGGUCUACUCAUUCGAUAAUGUAUUUUUGAAGUACUCAAUUUGAAAUAUGCAAUAUUUGGUUGUGCACUUUUUAAACUUCUCAAUGUUUGUAUUUGGAAAUGUUGGUAUGCUCAAUUGAUGCAGAUUUGAAAUGAAUAACUAUGUUGGGUCUUUCUGCACAGGCUUCACAGCAUAUCCCCCCCUUUGCCUUCGGGAAAGCUGAUUUUGUACCACGGCAUUCCUGUUGCGGUGGUUGCCUGAGAAGCUGUGCAGACAGAUGUUGAAUUCUCUAAAAUGCCUAUCCAUUACUGCUUGAUGAUAGUGGAAAGACAAAAGUUCCAAAGCUCUUGGUGGACCUUCAUGUGAAGUUGCUGAGGAAGAUUGGCAAGUCUGUGUCCGCAGACAGAUGGGAGAAGUACAUUGUGAAGGUGUGCCAUGAGUUCAACAGUACCUGGGCAUGGGAACUUGAAAAUAAAGGAUACAAAGACAUGUCUGUGGAGUGUAAGACUGGAAUCCUCAAACACUUAUGUGAGUGCCAGUUUGAUGACAAUGUCAAGUUCAAGACUGCAAUUAACGAGGAGGAUCCUGAUAAGAUGCGGCUCCAUCCCAUUGGCAAGGACAAGGAUGGCCUAAUGUACUGGUUCCAACUUGACCAGGAUAACAAUGUGAGGGUCUAUGUGGAGGAGCAGGACGACCUGGACGGGUCCUCCUGGAAGUGCAUUGUCAGAGACAGAAACAGCUUGGCUGAGAUCCUGGCACAGCUGAAGACUCAAAUCGACCCAGCACUGUUGACAAAGAAAGAAGGAGAGGAGGAAGAUGAGAACAAGAAGACUGGCGGAGAAGGGGAAAUUAAAAAGACAGAGGAUACCUCAGGGGAUGAAGAGGACAAACUCUCCAAGGAUACAGCUUCUUUAGUGUCCCCAAAAACAGAGAAUACAGAAGAAAAAUCCCCAAAAGAGGAAUCAAAGCUGGACGAAUCAGAUGCCAAAUCCCCAUCGAAUGGCCUCAAAGACAACCAAGUCGAGUCAGAGUCAACAAGACAAUCCGAGAAGCCAAUGGUGGAUGACAAGGCCACCAUUAACACCCAGGCCAUCAAAGAAGAGCUGAUGGAGGUGUCAGAAUCCAAGGAGAGCACAGCCACAAGUGCUACAGAGCCUCUUGCGGAGAAACAUUGUGUGGCGCCACAGACAGAACAGACUGAGGAAGCCAAGAGGAAGACUGCAGAGGAACUCCAAAGGGUGAUGAAGAAUGACCAGCAGGCCAAAAUCCCCUUGAAAAAGAGAGAGAUGAAACUUAGUGAAGAUUUUGAUAAUAGUAGUGGCGGUGGCAGUAGAAUCAUUGUGCGUAACCCAUCUGUUGCUCCUGUCAAAGAAGCUCCUAAAGUUGAGGAGACAAGUAAAGUGGUCUCUGUUGCCCUGGUGGGGACGAUGGAGACUAAAAGUGAUCAAGUGAAUGGUGAUGCUCAGCCUGUCACAGAAAAAAGUAUCAAUAAGGGAAUGAGAGAAUCUCCUAAAGAGAUGGGAAUACAGAGAGAUUCUGCUGAUAGCAAAGAACAGCAAACAAAAGCUGUUGCUAGGGAAGAAUGUGAAGCAGCAGAAGCUAGUGAAAAAGAGAAAACAAAUCUGGACAUGGACAAAAAGGAAGGGCAGAUGGCAGGCAAUGCUGAGGAGCCCAUGGAGGUGGCCAUGGCCGAUGAAACGAACCUACAGAAAACUGUUCCAGCCCCAAAGGCAGAGAAGGAAAGCACUGAAGCACUGAAAAAAUCAUCCCUAAAAGAGGCUAAAUCUUCAUCCCCUCUGAAAAAGCCAUUGACUUCAUCGAAGGAUACAAGCACACCGGAAAAGUCCUCUGAUCUUAAAGAGGAACAAAAAGUCAAGGUAUCCAAGUGGGAUGUGAAAGUGCGUCCUACAGAACACAAGACAUCCACAUCAAUAGAAACAGAUAAAACCCCUUUAUCUAGUAAGUCACAGAAACCAGAUGAAACUAAAGGAACAGAUUCAUCCAUUGCAUUUCAAGAGGUAAAUGUGUCUGCCUUUAAGGAAACAGUUGUCCAUAAAGACAGUUGUCCCCUUUCUGUAGUGAAAGAGAUGGAAAAAACAUCCUUCAUAAAAGCCACAGAAAUGUUGUUGAACCCUAAAAACCCAGAAACAUCAGUCAUCACUAAACAAACCGAGAGACCUGAUCCCAUUACAGAUAAACCAGAAAGCUCAAAACGCCCUGAGUCGCCAGCAGUCAUAAAAAAUACAGAGAAUCCAUCUAACAAAGAGGGCGCAGAGAAAUGUGAUGGUUCUAACGAUAUCAAAACAUCUUCUGUCAUUAAAAAGACAGAGAUUUCAGAAAAGAGUAAAGAUGCCAAGAACCUGGCCAGCUCUAAAGAGACCAAUACGUCCUCAUUACUUAAAAAGGAAGACAAACCAGUUCCCAAUAAAGAAGCAGAGAAACUGGAGAGCACUAAAGAGACUAAUAAAUCGUUGGUCAUUAAAAUGACAGUGAAACCAGAGGCAUCUAAACAUACAGAGAAAUGUGAUACCCCUAAAGACAUUAUGUCAGCUCUCACCAAGGAGAAACCUGCUGUCAGUGCUGUAAGCACAAAUACAAAUGUUGCCCCUGAGGUGAAGAAGAAAAACGUCCCGGAGAAAGACUCGAAGAAAAUAGCCAUCUGUAAAGAUGAGACGAGAGCUGUUGCAGCAGUGACUGAGACACAAUCUGGCCCUAAAGACGUGGAGAUGGCAGACAUCUUUGAGAAAUCAAACCAAUCCCAACUGGAAGGACCCAAACAGGUAGAGAAAUUGGGUAUCCCUAAAGACACAUUGAAAUCGACAAUGCCUAAAUACGCAGAGAAAUCUGCUAAACUGGCUACGCCUAAAGACGCAGAGAAAUUGGCUACCCCUAAAGACGCGGAGAAAUUGGCUACCCCUAAAGACGCGGAGAAAUUGGCUACACCUAAAGACGCGGAGAAAUUGGCUACACCUAAAGACGCGGAGAAAUUGGCUACACCUAAAGACGCGGAGAAAUUGGCUACGCCUAAAGACGCGGAGAAAUUGGCUACCCCUAAAGACGCAGAGAAAUUGGCUACCCCUAAAGACGCGGAGAAAUUGGCUACACCUAAAGACGCGGAGAAAUUGGCUACGCCUAAAGACGCGGAGAAAUUGGCUACGCCUAAAGACGCGGAGAAAUUGGCUACGCCUAAAGACGCGGAGAAAUUGGCUACGUCUAAAGACGCGGAGAAAUUGGCUACGCCUAAAGACGCGGAGAAAUUGGUUACCCCUAAAGACGCUGAGAAAUUGGCUACCCCUAAAGACGCGGAGAAAUUGGCUACCCCUAAAGACGCUGAGAAAUUGGCUACCCCUAAAGACGCGGAGAAAUUGGCUACCCCUAAAGACGCGGAGAAAUUGGCUACGCCUAAAGACACGGAGAAAUUGGCUACGCCUAAAGACGCGGAGAAAUUGGCUACGCCUAAAGACGCGGAGAAAUUGGCUACGCCUAAAGACGCGGAGAAAUUGGCUACGCCUAAAGACGCGGAGAAAUUGGCUACGCCUAAAGACGCGGAGAAAUUGGCUACGCCUAAAGACGCGGAGAAAUUGGCUACGCCUAAAGACGCGGAGAAAUUGGCUACGCCUAAAGACGCGGAGAAAUUGGCUACGCCUAAAGACGCGGAGAAAUUGGCUACGCCUAAAGACGCGGAGAAAUUGGCUACGCCUAAAGACGCGGAGAAAUUGGCUACGCCUAAAGACGCGGAGAAAUUGGCUACGCCUAAAGACGCGGAGAAAUUGGCUACGCCUAAAGACGCGGAGAAAUUGGCUACGCCUAAAGACGCGGAGAAAUUGGCUACGCCUAAAGACGCGGAGAGAUUGGCUACGCCUAAAGAAGCGGAGCGAUUGGCUACGCCUAAAGACGCGGAGAGAUUAGCUACGCCUAAAGACGCGGAGAAAUUGCCUAAAUCGACUAUGUCUGAAAAUGCUGGGAAAUCUGCUACCCCUAAAGACACUGAGAAAUUGGCUACCCCUACAGACGCUGAGAAUUCAGCUAAAUCGGCUACACCUAUCCCUGAAGACGCUGAGAUAUUGGCUACUCCUGAAGAAGCGGAGAAAUCGGUUAACACUAAAGACACUGAGAAAUUGGCUACCCUUAAAAACACAGAGAAAGCUUCUAAAAAGAUUGAAGAUUUCACAAUCUGUGAAGGACAGAAACCAGAUGCCUCUAAAGAAACUGAGAAACUGGCAGACAUAAUGCCAGCUGCAGCAAAAGGAGAGAAACAUGUCGCCUUUGAGGAUUCUAAGCAAUUACCUUCUCUCAAAGAGUCUGUCCCAGUGGGGAGGAAACAGGAAGAGCCUAUGGAAAUAAGUUUGGAAAAGUCAACAGAUGACAAUGUAAUUAUUAGGGGACAUGCCGAUAAAGGCUGGACAAAGAAGUUUGUUAAAAGUGGAGAGAAUUCUGAGAGCGAGCCUAUCAAAAACUCAAACUGCAUGGACUGUAAUGCACCAUCAGAAAAACAGGCUACCAGCAAGAAGACAUCAUCUCUCACUGAUGCUGAAGGUGAGACGGACAAAAGCCAGGUCAAAGUAAUCAAGGAAGAUGCCACAACACAGGGAUGCCCUAAAGAGGAUGAGAAGGAAGAUGAUCAGGCUAAGAAAAACGACCAAAAGGAGGAUGAUGGUGCUGAGAAAGAUAACUCAACUGUAGCAGAGAAACUGGGUGAGGCAAAAGCAAGUAAAGGGUCUGAGAAUAAAGAGGAUGAAAAAAAGGAUGCAGGAACAACAUCAGAGAUUCAAGAGGAGGGGAUUCGCCUGAAAAUACGGGGAAUUACUCAUCGAAGGAAAGCUGAGCUCCAGAGAACGGAGAGGGACUCUGGGUCCGAUACUGGUAAGACUGGGAGAUCCCUGAGGAGGUCACCCAGGAUUUGCAGGCCAACCGCUAAGGGGGUGGAGUUCCAGGACAGGAGGCUGGAGAAAAAAGAGACCACGCCCCCUGAGGAGGAGGACGAGGAGGAGGAGGAAACUGUUCAGAGGAAACCGAGAGAAAAGCUUGAUCAAGAUGGACAGUCCAAAUCUAAGGGGCGACGGAGGAGAAAGACCCGGUGGUCCAACACUCGAACACGACGGCGCAAAAAGAAUGGUUCUGGUGAUGACAAUGAAAGCGAAUCAAGCGAAGAGGAGAGUGAGGAGGAUGACAGUGAUGAGAGCUUUAAGGUGGAGAAGGGCAAGAGGAAGUGGAGGAACCGGAACAGAGAAAGGCACAGCGACGACUCUGACACCUCCUCGGAUGAUGACCUCCCUCCUAACGAAGACCCCUGCAAACACUGCGGCCUCCCCAACCAUCCCGAGCUGAUCUUGCUAUGUGACUCGUGUGACAGUGGCUACCACACGGCCUGCCUUAGACCCCCUCUCAUGAUCAUCCCAGAUGGGGAGUGGUUCUGUCCACCCUGCCAACAUAAGCUACUCUGUGACAAGCUUGAGGAGCAGCUUGCUAAUCUCGAUGCUGCCCUGAAAAAGAGGGAUCGCGCUGAGCGAAGAAAAGAACGUUUGGUCUAUGUUGGAAUAAGUGUCGAAAACAUCAUCACUCCCUCUUUGGAGGUAGAGGAAGAAAGGGAGGAAGAAAAAGAGGAAGAAGUGAAGAAGGAGAAGAAGGAGAAGAAAGAGAAAAGCAAGAGCUGGGGUCGAAGGUCGACAAGGGCAAAGAAAAGCAUAAGUUACAGGUUUGAUGAAUUUGAUGAGGCUAUCGAGGAGGCAAUUGAAGAAGACAUCAGAGAGGCUGAUGGUGGAGGAGCUGGUCGGGGCAAGGACAUGGCCAACAUUACAGGCCAUAGCAGAGGGAAGGACAUGUCCACCAUCCUGGCAGCAGGCGAGGUUGGUGAGGGCAAGGAGAAUGGACGACCGCCACGGCCCAACGCCGGCCAGCGCAAGAAGAAGCGCCGGCGUCUCAACGACCUGGACAGCGACAGCACUGUGGAGGAGGAGGAGAGCGAGGACGAGUUCCGUCUCAGUGACAGUACGGAGGAAGAGGAGUUUGUGGCGUCAGACAAGAGCGACGCAGAGAGCGAAGCGGCAGUCGACUCUAACGACGACAGUGACUUCGGCAGCACGCGACGCAGAACUGCCAGGACAAGGAGGCCGGCCAAAUGUCAAAGGAGCACUCGGCCACGAAGGCGCCGCAGAGCGAGAGGGUACUCAGACGAUGAAGAGGAGGAGACGAGUGAUGAAGAUGAGGACGAAAUUAUGUCAGAGGGUUCCAGCGAGUUCAGCGACAGCGACCUGGACUGUAGCCAACGCCGAUCCCGCCGUAGUCAUACAAAGAGGCAGGUCAACUACUGCGAGUCGUCCGGCGACUCCGAUGGCUCAAAGGCCGGCACCAACCGGGACAAAGUCAAAUCGCGGAGGCGCCUCGCCAGCUCCGACAGCGAAGCAAGCUCCUCCAGAGGCUCGGACGACGGCAAGAGGGAGAGGACUAGGUUGAAGAGGAGGGCUGACUCGUCUGAGGAAGAGUCCCAGCAGCGCCGCAGACGCCUCUCGCUGAAACGGAGGCGAGCCUCCGAGGAGGACGAUGACGAUUCCGAUGAAUCAUCGGAGGGAGAGCGUCCGGUCCGCAAGCGUGUGAACCGCAUCGACUCGGACGACUCUGACAAGGAGGAGGAGAAGGAAGAAACAAAGGAAGAGGAGGAAGGGGGGGUGCUGGGGAAGGGAGCCAGCCCAUUGGACUACAACCUGGUGGAACUGCACCCCCCUACCAACGGACAGAGUCCCAUCAAGGCCCUGGAGGGCCUGGCUCACAUUGGGCCCCAAAAACCUGGAGCCACAGCCGUCACCAUAGCGCCCAACGGACUGGAGUUGGCGCCACAGGACGAUGAUGAAGAUGACCUGCUGGGGGUCACAGACCUAGUGGACUUUGUCUGCAAUAGUGAUGUGUUGUAAAACAGUUGUACGUUUGUUCAUUUCUGUAGUAUUGUAUUUUUUUUUAUAUUAUGACUUUUUCUCCACUGAAGUCGUCCACCGUUUAUUCCUGUCCUCUCCUCUUGUGUUUUUUUUUUUUUUUUUUUUUUUUUUUCAAUUCAUCCUCCUUGUCCCCUCCUCAGUGUGGCCCCAUCCAUCCAUAUGAACUGGAUGCCUUACGGGGAGAAGUUAAUUCUCUUCACUCUUCGCACCUCUCGCAGUUGGAUUGUACAGUCAUUGAGAGCACUAACUCUAAAGGUUGUUUUGUGGUACGUGAAUUAGCUUUGUCUUAUUCUCUGUACUCCGUCACCGAUGGACAUGCGGGUCAGAUACUUGACUACAAAUGAACCUACCUGUUUCUCCAGCCAACUUCCAGGGUUCUCUACUCAGGGGUAUGUCCACUACCCCACAUGACCCCACCAUACAAAGAAUCCAUCUCUCAACUUCAUGGUUUUGUUCAUUAGGCCCCAAAUGGAAGAAAGCAGACAGAAACUGGGAAGGACUAACUAGACUUGUCCAAUAAACACUCAUUUUUGUUUUCUGUUGUGUGACUUAAUGAACACGACCCAUGAAAACGUGUUCUCUUGAGAAGCUCCUCAGUGUUCCUGCCUGGGCAAGAGGAUGUCUUAUUGUAGGAUAUAAUUAAUUGUUUGUAGGAAGUAGAUGUGUUUUAGCUCAGGUGGGGCUGAGCUUCAGCAAACAAAGGAAUGGAGGGGUGCUCAACAGCGACAAAAGUCACGAGAAUGGCUGACCGAAUUAUUUUUUUUUAUUGGUAAGCCAUUCUCGUAUAUUUGUAUUGUUUAGUCUGUAUACCUCUUGUAAGAUUUCUAAAUUUGUAUAUGAGAAUAGAAGAUGGCAGAGGUAAGGGGUCAAACUGCUUCCAUUUACAACUUAAAUUUACAUUAGUUUUGUGGAUCAGCUGCUGGAAACCAAUCAUUAUUUUUAUCCCCCACUCUUUUCCCCAAAUAUUUAAUAUCAAUGUCUUUCACUUUUUUUGAUAUUUGAAUUCUAGAUUUUAAUCCUCAAACAAUUUAUUUGUUUUGGUGUGUUAAAUUAUAUUGGUCAGUUGUUUGACUAAAACCUUAAACAGGUUUCCCACCCACCUUAAGACCAUAUACAACACGCAUUGGAUGAAAAGCAUGAGCGCAAAAGAGUUUCCCUUGAGAAAACUGGACACAGAACCAUCAUGCUAGAAACAGCUUUUUUUAAUAGACAGAUUGGGUGACCAGAACCCACAACCAUUCCCAUACUUUCUUGUAAUUACAAUCUCCAAAAGAGUAUUUGUCACAGAUUUGUUCAAUUGUUUUUACCCAAAGUAUUGUAACGUUCUACUGUCACAUAGAGUUGAAUUUGGAAGUUUACAUACACUAACAGGCUGAUUACACCGCUCGUGUCGCGUGCGCUGCAAAAUAUAGUUAGAAAUCUGUUUUUCAAUUAUCGCACUGCAAGUCCUGCCUCUCCCAUCUCAUUGGUUUAUAUAAGCAGGUACCCACGUGGGAUCUCCUAAUUGGUUAUACCCACGUAGGUAACUGACUGACAAACGAGGUCAGUGUCGUUAAUGCAUCUGAUUUAUGAAAGUUGCCAAUCGCAAUAUAACAUCAAGAGAAGGAAAGGCCUGGAAGGAGGAGAGAUGACUGUUUUACGUGUGGAUUAAUUGGAGGAGUAGAGGACCUUGUGCAUUUCAGGUAAAAUAACUAUGUUUAUAUCCCAGGACAAAUUAGCUAGCAACAGCAAGCUAGCUAAAUAGGACAAAUUAGCUAGCAAAUGCAAGCUAGCUAGCUAAAUUGACAUAAAUGUUUCAUGCUUUUCGACCUGUCUCCAAAUUAAUAUAAUUGGUUCAGAGUUUGUUUUGAUAUUUUAACCUGCGUGUCGUGAUGGCAUUUGGUGUGGGUGUACAAAAUACAUUUACGCACGAUGGCGCACAGCCGGUUUGGGUUCCGUGAGUCAUUAAAACUACAUUUUCAACCACUCCACACGUUUUUUGUUAAACUAUAGUUUUGGCAAGUCGGUUAGGACAUCAACUUUGUGCAUGACGCAAGUCAUUUUUCCCACAAUUGUUUAGACAGAUUAUUUCACUUAUAAUUCACUGUAUCACAAUUUCAGUGGGUCAGAAGUUUACAUACACUAAGUUGACUGUGCCUUUUAAACAGCUUGGGAAAUUCCAGAAAACGAUGACAUGGCUUUAGAAGCUUCUGAUAGACUAAUUGACGACAUUUGACUCAAUUGGAGACGUACCUGUGGAUGUAUUUGAAGGCCUACCUUCAAACUCAGUGCCUCUUUGCUUGAUAUCAUGGGAAAAUCAAAAGAAAUCAGCCAAGAAAAUGUGUAGACCUCCACAUGUCUGGUUCAUCCUUGAGAGCAAUUUCCAAACGCCUGAAGGUACCACAUUCAACUAUACAAACAAUAGUACACAAGUAUGAACACCAUGGGACCGCGCAGCCGUCAUACAGCUCAGAAAGGGGACGCGUUCUGUCUCCUUGAGAUGAACGUACUUUGGUGCGAAAAGUGCAAAUCAAUCCCAGAACAACAGCAAAGGACCCUGUGAAGAUGCUGGAGGAAACCGGUACAAAAGUAUCUAUAUCCACAGUAGAACGAGUCCUAUAUCGACAUAACCUGAAAUGCCGCUCAGCAAGGAAGAAGCCACAGGUCCUAAACCGCCAUAAAGACAGACUACGGUUUGCUACUGCACAUGGGGACAAAUAUACUUUUUGGAGAAAUGUCCUCUGGUCUGAUGAAACAAAAAUAGAACUGUUUGGCCAUAAUGACCAUCGUUAUGUUUGGAGUAAAAACGGGGAUGCUUGUAAGCCGAAGAACACCAUCCCAACCUUGAAGCACAGGGGUGGCAGCAUCAUGUUGUGGGUGUUCUUUGCUGCAGGAGGGACUGGUGAACUUCAAAAAAAUAGAUGGCAUCAUGAGGGACGAAAUUUAUGGGGAUAUAUUGAAGCAACAUCUCAAGACUUCAAUCAGAAAGUUAAAGCUUGGUUGCAAAUGGGUCUUCCAAAUGGACAGUGACCCCAAGCAUACUUCCAAAGUUGAGGCAAAAUGGCUUAAGGACAACAAUGUCAAGGUAUUGGAGUGGCCAUCACAAAGCCCUGACAUCAAGUCUAUAAAAAAAAUUGUGGGCAGAACUGAAAAUGUGUGUGUGUGAGCAAGGAGGCCUACCAACCUGACUCAGUUACACCAGCUCCGUCAGGAGGAGUGGGCCAACAUUCACCUGACUUAUUGUGGGAAGCUUGUGGAAGUCUACCUGAAACGUUUGACCCAAGUUAAACCAUUUAAAGGCAAUGCUACCAAAUACUAAUUGAGUGUAUGUAAACUUCUGACCCACUGGGAAUGUGAUGAAAGAAAUAAAAGCUGAAACAAAUCUUUCUCUACUAUUAUUCUGACAUUUCACAUUCUUAAAAUAAAGUGGUGAUUCUAAUUGACCUAAGACAAGGAAUUUUUACUAGGAUUAAAUGUCAGGAAUUGUGAAACUGAGUUUAAAUGUAUUUGGCAAAGGGUAUGUAAAACUUCCAACUUCAACUGUAUAUCCUGUUUGUUUGUUUUUAAUCAAAUGUUUUCAUGAAGUGGUAUUGACUGUUUAAUUCAUUCAUUAUUGAUACGAAACAAUAUCAAGGCAGCUCCUCAGUGCAUCAUGCCAAAUUACAGGUGUCAUUUAGUCAACAUUCAAAUCUGUUCACCACCACAUUUACAAGACUUUCCUUUUUAAAUAAAAGUUUGAUUGUAUAUAAUGUGACCAACUAGAGUAGACCAAUCCUGGUCUUCUCACAUCUAAUGUGUGCGCAUGCACCUGUUUCUAAAAACCCUAGUUUAGUUUUUGUAUACUGUAUACAUAUAUAAAUAUUAUUUUAAAGUGUGUGCUGCCAACACUAUAAAUGGAUUAAAUGCCCAUGUUUUAGACAAAUGUUUUAAUAUGCUAAUAUUUAAAGGGAUUUGUUAUGUGUGAAAUCACGUGAGUAUUUACAGAACUCUGCCUAUUUUCUUUGUCCAUCAAAUCAUGAGACUUUAGUAUAACCAUGUCAGCAUUUUAACCAUUAUCUUGCGUUGCAUUUUUAUAAUGUUUUUCUUUCUAUAUCAAACCCUCCUUCACGUGUAUUGUUUUCCUCCCUAGCGAACCAUCAAGUGGCAUAAUGUUUCCUAUGUACCUUCUAGUCAAUACUGUGUGUAGGUUCAAAACCUGGAAACUAGAUGUACUUACUGAUUACUACCUGUCGUUGUUCAUCAGACUAUUUUGAAGUAAUUAUUUUUGUCUUUCUUCCCUGGUCUUUUCGUAACCCUAUGCCACCACCAGUGUGCAGUGUUGAUUGUAGAGAACACUACACUUGCUCUAGUCUCCCCUCUACAUCUUACUGAAUCAACUAAAUAAACCUCUCUCUGAUCUCAGAAUGCCUACCCUUUUGUCUGUUCUGAAAUAUGAGCUCAUUUUGGUUUUACGGUUACAUUUUGAGGUCAGUUUUUAAAUCACUGACUUUCUGGGCCCGUAUAGGAGUGCUGUCCAUAUCUUAUUCAUUAUUAUCUACAAGGUAAAACUGAUCCUAUAUUAGCACUACUAUUCUGAGACUGAAUACAGGCCCUCGCCUCAAAUCAAGAGGAUUAUGAAUUAAAGGCAUGCUGGAUUGAUCUUUGUUUGGAAAAUGGUCUAGAAAAACCUCAGUAGGAAUUAAAUUGACGUGUCUGUGUGUGUAGUUUUUACUGUAAUAGGCCUAGAUAUUUAGAGGCAUUUUGUUUUAAUCAUUGAAGUAACAAUUUGGCAAUUUUUUACAAUUCUGUCUCUUUAUAAUUGUUUUCCUUGUAGAGGAGUUGUGAUAUUGGCACAACUGUUUCGUAAUGAAUUAAUCGGAGACCUGGCAUGUUUUGUUGGAUAUAAUUUUGUUAUGUGCAGACCUAUGCGCCGACCGCCCUACGGAUUUGCGAGGUUCAAUAACCACAGACCUCUAAAUUCCUUUGCUCAGCAGUGUUCAUUGAGUCCUGCUACUGGACAGGAGAGCAUAAACCAACCAUUGGAGGCAUGGACAAUACCUGGGAGGACUGCUGGGUUGUGUUCAGUAGGCACAAAAUGGAAGAAAAUGUGGUGAAAUGGGGAGAUACGAACUGAACUUGUCCAAUAAGAAACGUUUGUUUUCCGUUGUACCCCAAUAAAGAAGACCCUCGUCAGAAUCCUAGGAACAGUUCAAGAUAAAUGCGCUCCAAUUAAGAAAUUAGGCCUGUUUUGUAAAAUAGUUUUGGCAUGUGUUCUUCACUGAUGGUAAACUCAUCUUAUUAUUUUUGGUUGAUCACAAUGUUUGAAGUAAAGGGUGAUUUCUAAGACAAAAUGCUAUUUCUGUGCUGCCUGCAAUGCACUCAACUAACAUGGUAAUAUUGACUACAAUUACCACAAGAUUAGUUGGACUGCUUCUACUGGCAGUUAAAUUGUGGGAAUUUGACAAAAAAUUACUAGGGUUGGUUUACCAUUGUUUUGCGAUGAAGAAGUGUACGAUUUCUGAUAUGAUGUUCCCAAGAUAUGAAGUUUCUUAGCUGUAUGCAUGAGUUUGACAUAGUUAGUGGGCAUUUUUUAAAUCAAUGGUAGAAAGACAGUAGUUGGGAGGGGCAGUGUCAGUCAGCCACUACAGGCUGUCCUCUGCCUGGAGGUUGGUGCCAAUGAUUCAAAAGUGUUUGUUCAUUAUUGUCUAUUACGGGUAGAUAUGGAGGACUGAGGAUGCCACUACAGGUCCGGUGUAUGAAUAUAAGCCCCUCCAGUGGUUGCCUAUGUUUUCUGUUCCUCUUCAAGACCUUUUUGUUAACUGUCCUGUAUUUUCUUUCAUGAAUAAGAUCUUGUACAUUUGUCAUAAUAAAAAGGUUUUUACCUGG